AAUAAUUAACUAAAACUUAAUCAAUAAUUGUAGGUAUAAAACAUUGUCUACCUCAAACUCUGGGCCCCAAAAAUAAUACAAUUGGUGAAUUGCUUGGUUAUCAUUUACUCAAACGCCAAACAAAAUGUAUCCCUUAUCUCGCUCCGUACAAAUAUGACGUAUGUUUACAAAUCAAGAGCUCCCCAUCUCGAGAAAAAAAACAUUAUGCACACCGAUAUGUCAUACGCCAGCUAUCAAGCCGUAUAGAUCAGCAUGAACUGUCGAUCAGAAGUCCUGGAGGUGUCAGUGGAAGGUAGGCAGGUUGAUGAGGCCAUGCUGGCCCUCCUGCACACGAUCCUCCUGCACCGCAGUACAGGGAAAUUUCACUACAAGAAAGAGGGGACGUACUCCAUCGGCACGGUGGGAACACAGGACGUGGACUGCGACUUCAUCGACUUCACAUUCGUGCGAGUGUCUUCUGAUGAACUCGACAGGGUUAUCAGGAAGGCCGUGGCUGAAUUAAAGGAUGCUCUUGGGAAUUCUGGGAGUGAUGGCAUGGGACAGAUCUCUUUGGAGUUCUACCAGAAAAAGAAGUCCCGCUGGCCCUUUUCAGAUGAAUGCAUCCCUUGGGAGGUUUGGAGCAUCAAGGUCAAUGUUGUGAACCUGGCCAACGAACAGGAGCGCCAGAUAUGCAGGGAGAAAGUUGGCGAGAAGCUCGGCGAGAAGGUCAUCAACAUUGUAGAAGUGAUCAACCGUCAUGAGUAUCUUCCCAAGAUGCCCACACAGUCAGAGGUUGAUAACGUGUUUGAUACGAGUUUGAAAGAUGUCCAGCCGUAUCUGUACAAGAUCACUUACCAGAUCACUGAUUCCCUGGGGACGUCAGUGAGCACCACCAUGAGAAGACUUAUCAAAGACACUCUUGCAUUAUAAAGGUUGUGACAAUGUUGCUGAUGAAACAUGAUGCUCCUUGAACCUUGACGAUGAUGUACAUUUCACACACUUAUGACAUCUGAUGUGUUACUGCACAUCAAUCUGAAUACAAAUGAUUUCAGUUAUUGCUAAAUUGAUGUCAGGAUUGAAUUGCUCCUGAAUGUUUUUUUUUGUUUGUUUUUUUUAAAACGCUACACAAUGGGUAUAAUAAUGGUGUCCGCUAUCUUUGCACUGUUUGGGAAGGCUAAUAAUUCAAACAAGUACUCAUGUUUCUUUUAUUAUUUAAAAAAAAAUAAAAUCAAAUAACGUACACUCAUGUA